AUGACAAUCAUUAAGGCUCUUGAAAAAUUAAAUGAUGAUUUUCAUGGAUUGAACAAAGAUUUCCAUAGUGUUCAUCCCACUUUUCAAGGGAGUAGGUCGACGCUCAAUGUAACCUUUAAACUAGCUCGAAAUGAUCCAAAUGGAAAUCCAACAACUGGAAUAAUCUAUUAUCCUGCAAAAAAUGGGUACGCAACAAAUGCUUUUAAUAAUGAUAUCCAAAGAGAAGCCUGGGAUAAUUAUAAAUAUUGUAAUGUUUAUAUUCAGUUGGAUUUAUAUGCUAAUGGUGUAUUGACUAACUCUGGUGUCGCUUGGUAUCCAGAUGCUGGCAUGUCCAAUGCUAAAUUGGCACGCAUCGUCUAUAACGGACGAUAUUUAUAUGGAAAUACGGACGACGAAUUUUCGUCAGUUUUAACUCAUGAAUUUGGCCAUUGGCUCAAUCUCGUACACACUUUCGAAGGUGGUUGCUCAACCUCAUCUGACAGCCAAUGUGAUCAAACCGGCGAUCGAGUAUGUGACACGCCGCAAACCGUAGGAAGCCAGGGUUGCACUGCUGUUAAUAAUUGUCUUAACAAACUUGUUAACAGUGAAAAUUAUAUGGACUAUAGUGGUGCAUAUGGAUGUUAUAAGAUGUUUACAGCAGGUCAAGUAGCUAGAAUGGAGGCUAGCAUGCACCAUCCUGCUAGAGUAGCUCUGUGGCAACUGCAAAAUUUGAUAGCAACAGGUGUUGCUGAGAACAAAACAACUAAAAUGUAA